UAACCUUUGUGUUUGAUUAAUUAAGCGGUUAUUUUACAUGCAGGCAAUAUAUAGACAAAAAAUGGUUCACGUUAACCUAAAUUUUGUGCAAAAUGUGUGAUAAAUAAAAUUUGACCAUUCGCUGUUUAUAAUAUACUAAUGUGUAUCGUUGAACAUUGAACAUGGAUAAGAUUACCGAUUUAGACUCUUUAGUGGAUACAGACGAAUGUUCUAUAAAUGUUAAAGUACCGAGCUCCAUUUUUAAACCGCAUCAUUUUUCAAAAGACGGUGUUCCUUAUAACACUGAAAGCGGAGAAACUUUGAACAAACUUUUCUCUGGCGAAAUCGAACUUAGCAAAGACAAAAACUCACAACAACGUAAAGACUACUUCCAAGAAACGAGAGAUUUAACACAGAAAUUAAGUGAUAUUUGCUUAUAUGAUCGAACGAUUGAGCACGGUGGUAACUACAGUAGUAACGUAGAGAAGUAUGAAAUUGAGCUUUUCACUAAUGCAUGUAUAGAUGGGGAUGGUGAUACGCCUCUCCAUUUGGCAAUAAUAUGUGUAUAUACAAUACAGCAAAUAUCAUACAUAAUUGAUGCUACUUUGAACAGAUGCCAUCAUCAUGAUUUCUUGAAUCAUCAAAACUACCACUACCGACAGACACCAUUACAUCUGGCCGUUCUUACAGGACGGACUGAUAUCGUGCGUUGUCUUUUAGGGUUGGGAGCGCAGACGACACUUCAAGACAGUCAACUACGCACGCCUGCACACAUUGCCUGUGGAAACGGGGACGUAGAGAUUCUAAAGGCGUUGCUCGAAAGCGAAGGCAAUGAACUCACGCGGUCCGUAGGUCUCUACGAUCACCAAGGCCAAACGUGUCUUCACAUCGCUGCUUUGCACGGUAACACUGAACUAGUGAACAUUCUGUUAGCCCACGGGGCAGAAAUUAACGCCCCGGACAGAAAGAGUGGCCGCACCGCUCUACACUUCGCUGUGGAGUCCGGUCACAUAAACACGAUCACUUGUUUGGUAAGAUACCACGAAUUAAAUGUAGAUGUUCGGACCUUUUCGUGCGAAUCCCCGGCAAAACUAGCCUACGGGAGAAGUGAAACGAGAGCCGAUGUGGUUCAACAACUUUGGCGUUGCCGCAUCUUAGAAGUAUCCGGUGGUCAUCCCAAUGAAUGCAGAUUGUGGAGAUUGCGACGAUUACUGUGACGAAGAACGAGGGACAGAAGCUUCGAGAUAACUUCUCUGUUGUGAAAUGCGAAUCACUUGCAUCUACCAAAGGCUCCUCUAACGUGCCGUUAAGGAGAAAGGAUGUGAAGACCAGUACAGUACUCUAGUCUUGUGGUUGACUCGGCUGUUGAUAGCAUAGGGCUUGAAUAGAAUUGAACUGAUUUCAGAGCCAACUUUACCAUGAGCUAAAUUGUUACAGAUAUUUUCGAACUACUAUAGGACAAAAUAAAAAAUGACUUUGUACAUAAAUUGAUACAAUUACAUUAAAAGAUCAAGGUAGCGACCAAGUCAGGGGUAUGCCACAAAUAUUACACCAGUGGAGCAUGCAUGUGUACUGUUUGUGUGUGCGAUAAAUUGUGCCGCCAACAGAAAAGUGUUUUAUCUAUCCCUGCUUCCAAUAUUUGCAUUAAUUACUUACCGUGAGCAUACGCAAAGUUCAUUUUAUGAUCGUGUAUGACUAAUGGCGAUGUUGCUUGACAGAUCGUAUGUGCAAUUUUUUGGUUAUACCUUAUCAUUUCUUUUUGAUUUUGAAUGUAUUUAUAUAUUUGAUAAUUUUAUAUCGCCGAGUAUUAUUGUUUUACAGAUAUACUGAUACAAACAAUCAGUGUUUUGUCAUUAAAGUAAA